AUGGCGAUUUCGAUGGAGACGCAGCUGCAGAGCAUCUUUGAAGAUGUUGUGAAAACUGAGUUGAUAGAAGAGGCUUUUGCAGGGAUGUUCACGGACUCUCCCAAGGAUGAGAGGACUAAACUGAUCAACUCUCUUGGAGCCUUUAGACAGUACUGGGAAACCCUGCCACAGGAGUCUCAUGAACAAUGUGUGCAAUGGAUAGUACGAUUCAUACACAGUCAGCACAGUCCCAAAAUAAUUGCGUUCUUGUACGACUGUCUAGCGAUGGCUGUGGAGACCAGUUUGUUACCACCCAGGAUGGUAUGUGUUGCUCUCAUCAGCUCUGAUAGUUUGGAGUGGGAAAAGACACAGCUGUGGGCUUUACUUUUCAAACUGAUUCGCAAAAUCAUCGGAGGCGUGGAUGACAAGGGUGUUCGUGACCUUCUGAAAGCCAUGCUGGAUAAAAUCCAAACUAUUCCUACCACCGUCAGCACUGCAAAAGUCCAGCAGCUUCUGGCUGCUAAAGAUGUGGUUGAAUAUAUUCUGGACAGAAAUGCCUGCCUCCUGCCAGCCUACUUUGCUGUCACAGAAAUCAGAAAAUUAUAUCCAGAAGGACAACUCUCACACUGGCUUUUAGGGAGUUUAAUCUCAGACUUUGUGGACAGUUUCAGACCAACAGCCAAAAUCAACUCCAUUUGUGGUCGAUGUAGUCUGUUGCCAGUUGUGAAUAACAGCGGGGCCAUCUGUAACUCCUGGAAACUGGACCCCACAACGCUCCGAUUCCCUCUGAAGGGCAUGCUGCCUUAUGACAAAGAUCUGUUUGAGCCACAGACAGGGCUGCUUCGAUAUGUGCUAGAACAGCCAUACUCGAGAGAUAUGGUCUGCAACAUGUUAGGACUCAACAAACAGGUAAAACAAACUCUUUGCCUUCACACCAGACCCUCUCCCUGCACUCACCUCUCCUGUCCUUUCUUCCGCUCGCAGCGUCUUCUCCGGCCCUCUGCUGCAGGGAUCCCAGAAGAUGGUCAGCUGCUGCCCAACGUGAUCAAGUCUCACGCAUGGGGAAUCCUGCACACGUUGCUGGAGAUGUUCAGCUACAGGAUGCACCAUAUCCAGCCUCACUACAGAGUCCAGCUGCUGAGUCAUCUGCACAGCCUCGCUGCAGUACCACAAACCAACCAGAACCAGCUGCAUCUGUGUGUCGAGAGCACAGCUCUGCGGCUGAUCACAGCGUUGGGCAGUUCAGAGGUACAACCUCAGUUCACUCGCUUCCUCAGUGACCCAAAGACAGUUCUGUCAGCUGAAUCUGAGGAGCUGAACCGAGCCUUGAUCCUGACCCUGGCCAGAGCCACACAUGUUACUGAUUUUUUCACAGGGUCUGACUCCAUCCAUGGCACCUGGUGUAAGGACAUCCUCCAGACCAUCAUGAACCUUACACCUCACAACUGGGCCUCACACACACUGUCCUGCUUCCCUGCUCCUUUGCAGGCAUUUUUCAAGCAGAACAACGUUCCUCGGAAGUCUCGUUUCAACCCGAUGAAGGAUGUAGAAGAGGAGUACAGGAAGUGGAAGUCGAUGGCCAAUGAGAAUGACAUCAUCACCCACUUCUCCAUGCAGAGCUCUCCUCCCCUUUUCCUAUGUUUCCUGUGGAAGAUGCUGCUGGAGACCGACCACAUAAACCAGAUCGGCUUUAGGGUCUUGGAGCGAAUUGGAGCUCGUGCAUUGGUGGCUCAUGUCCGCACCUUCGCUGACUUCCUCGUCUACGAGUUUUCAACUUCAGCUGCCAGACAGCAGCUCGAUAAGUGCGUUGAAAUACUCAACGACAUGGUCUGGAAAUACAACAUAGUCACACUGGACAGGCUCAUUUUGUGUUUGGCGAUGCGUAGCCAUGAAGGAAACGAGGCUCAGUUUUGCUACGUCAUAAUUCAGCUGCUUUUGUUGAAGACUAAAAACUUUAGGAACCAAGUCAAUGAUUUUGUGAAAGAGAACGCCCCUGAGCACUGGCUGCAGAGUGACUGGCACAACAAGCACAUAAGCUACCACAAGAAAUACCCAGAGAAAUUGUACUUUGAGGGUCUUGCAGAGCAAGUCAACCCUCCCAUGCAGCUUCAACAACAGUACCUGCCAAUCUACUUUGACAAUAUGUGUCUGCGCUUCCUGCCUGUCUUUGAUAUCGUUAUCCACCGCUUCCUGGAGUUUCUUCCUGUCUCCAAAUAUCUGGAAAGGCUGCUGGACCAUCUGGGAGGACUGUACAAGUUCCACGGAGCCCAAAGCUUGAGCGACAGGUUGACAUUUAAGAGACCGCGGCAGAUCCCCAAAGUGAAGGAGGCUUUUAUUGCCCCCACACGGGCUAAACGUGUCGCCGGUGCCUCGUCACGCCGAGCACCGAACGGCAAAACAAGAACGACACUUUUGUUUCAGAGACGGAAGGCCGCUUUCAGUGAAGGUGGAGCGUUGGUCGGAGCGCGAGGCUGGGUGGAGCUGGUCGGCUGGGUGGAGCUGGUCGGCUAA